AGUAUGGUGGCAAGUGGAAACUGCUUCAUUAUUUUGCCCAGAAAUUCUUUGCACCACUGCUGCCUGUGGCCUAUGAAGACGAAGGCGUGUUGCACAUUUAUGGUGUCUCAGAUCUUCAUGCAGACCACAAGCUGACUUUGAAGGUCGUUGUGCACACCUGGAGUUCUCUGGAGCCAGUAUGCACCCUUGCCAAAGAGGGUGUGACUGUUAAAGCACAAAGUGCUGUCCCCAUCUACAAGGAGUCCAUACAGGGCUUGCUGGAGAGAUGCAGAAACUGUACCAGGAAAAGCUGCGUUAUUACUUUCUGUCUUGUGGGAGAAGGUGGCUUCCAGAGUCCUACGAACCAUCACUUCCUUUCAUCAUUAAAGGAUGCUGUAGGAUUAGAAAAGACCCAGCUUAGUGCCUCUGUAUCUCAACAAGAUGACAUUUACAAAUUUGUUCUUCAGACCACUGCAGUUGCUCCUUUUGUUUCCCUGGACGUAGGGAGUAUAAAAGGCAGAUUUAGUGAUAAUGGUUUCCUCAUGACCGAAAAAAAGAAAGUAGUUGCAUUUUACCCAUGGGAGCCUACCAGUGUUGAAGAACUAGAAAAGUCGCUAACCUUGACCUCUCUGGUGGAUGUUAUCUGA